AAUCACACGACGCGCGAAACGCGUUCAUUCACCUGAACGUCACAUGCAUCUAAUCCAGUUAAAGCCCACGAGAUCAACCAAUGUGCCCAUCUCCCGACUAUAAAACCCGAGCCUGAUGCACCAUUUCACAUUUGCACGUAAACACCGUCAACUGAGAGAUAUUGAUGAAGCUUUGGCGCCUGUAAACUGAAGUGUGUUGAUGAUGUGAGAAUGAUGCUGUAAAGGGACCUCCUGCGUCUCCUCCCCUCCCUCCUGCUCUCCUACUCCUCAUUUCCACUCCUCGUUUCGCGUUCACCCACGAGAAGAGCUCCGACCGUCCAGCAUCAUGUCCUCAGACGUCCAGCUGCGUGACCAAACGGACCCGGACAGCAGCGUCCCCGCGGGCGCCAGGAGCGACUGAAAGCAGGUGUCAGAAGUCAUACAUCCUGCCCAUAGUGAACUGACUAGCUGUAUCUGAGUGUGGACGCCAUGGAUACAAUAAACUUCACCUUCUGGAAUGCCUCUGAGGGCAACGAGACCCUGGAGACGGUGGACGAGAGCCCGUAUAAGACAGUGGAGGUGGUGUUCAUUGUACUGGUGGCCGGCUCACUAAGUCUGGUGACUGUUAUCGGGAACAUCUUGGUCAUGCUCUCCAUCAAGGUAAACAGAAACCUGCAGACUGUCAACAACUACUUCCUGUUCAGCCUGGCCUGUGCUGACCUCAUCAUUGGCCUUUGCUCUAUGAACUUGUACACAGUCUACAUUGUGAUUGGAUACUGGCCGCUAGGCCCGGUUGUGUGUGAUUUGUGGUUGGCGCUGGACUACGUGGUCAGCAACGCUUCAGUCAUGAACCUGCUGAUCAUUAGCUUCGAUCGAUAUUUUUGUGUCACCAAGCCGCUCAGCUACCCAGUGAAGAGGACGACCAAAAUGGCAGGCAUGAUGAUUGCGGCGGCAUGGGUUUUGUCCUUCAUCCUCUGGGCUCCGGCCAUCCUGUUCUGGCAGUUUAUCGUUGGCGGGCGCACGGUGCCAGAGAAGGAGUGCUACAUUCAGUUCUUCUCCAACGCCGCGGUCACUUUCGGCACAGCCAUAGCUGCUUUCUACCUGCCCGUCAUUAUCAUGAUGGUGCUGUACUGGCAGAUAUCCCGCGCCAGCAAGAGCCGCGUCAAAAAGGACAACCGCAAGCCAUCAGGCGGCAACCUCGAUGUAGCCUCGUCCAAUCAGAUCCGUGAAAACACGGCCAACAAACCCACCAACAACAACCUAACAGCUGAAGAAACAGAUCGAGGACAGACCCAGCUAACAGAUGACGCCGCCAACCAACACGAUGCCAAACUCCAGAACGGCAAAGCGCCAUCCACGGCGAGUGGAGAAGCAGAGGCGGAAGAUGGAGGACGAGGAAACUGCCUUCCCGUGGAGGAGAAAGAAACCUCCAAUGACUCCACCUCUGGCAGCGGUGCAGUAACCAAUCAAAAGGACGAGGCGGCGCCAUCCAAAGCCAAUGACAACCAGGCUCCCACAAGGCACCGCGCAAAAGCUGGAGGCUCCAAACUGACAUGCAUCAAGAUCAUCACCAAAUCGCCAAAGGGUGACUGUUAUGCACCUUCGAACGCGACGGUGGAGAUCGUCCCGGCCACCGAGAGACAGAACCACGUGGCGCGGAAAAUCGUGAAAAUGACCAAGCAGCCACCCAAGAAGAAAAAAGCGCCGCCCUCUCGGGAAAAGAAGGUGACGCGCACCAUCAUGGCCAUCCUGGUGGCGUUCGUGGCUACCUGGAUGCCCUACAACGUGAUGGUCCUCAUCAACACCUUCUGCUCCAGCUGCAUUCCCAACACCGUGUGGACCAUCGGAUACUGGCUCUGCUACAUCAACAGCACGAUCAACCCCGCUUGCUACGCCCUCUGCAACAUCACCUUCAAAAAGACCUUCAAACACCUGCUGCUCUGCCAGUACAAGAACAUACGCUCGGCCCGAUGAGCAGCAACAAAUAGUGUGUGCAUGCGUUAUAUUUUACAUGUGUGUUCUGGUGACAAAGGUACACGUGUGGAUGUGUUUGUAUGUGUGGAAAGAUGCAGUAAAACAGCAAUUAUAAAAUGAAGAUUAGACCCAUCAACACCCAUCAUAUACAAAGUUUUAAGAAUCCUCCAUCCUUGUAGUUUGGCGAAUUUGACACUGUCAGCUACAAGUACUUUAUUUUAACGCAUUUAAAAUCACAGAUUUCCCCUAGUGUAAAAAGGUGCGUCUGGGCAGAUAUGUGAUUGCAUUCGUUGUUUUUUAUAUAUAAAGAUAAUCUAUUGUAGCACUUUACAUACGCAUAGAGGUGAUGCAUGUCACAAAAGAAGGAAAAGAAGUGCUUAAAUAUUUGAUUUAUAAACAAAAAAGUAAAAAAACAAAACAAUAUGAGCAAAUAGAUGGUGAGAUUGGAGUCUGUACUAUUCAAUAAUACACAAAUAAGGGGACAACAGGGCUGACUGAAGAUCCAAACCAAAUGUGUUUGAGCUUCAGUAUAAAAUCACACCUGUAUAUACGUGUAUAUAAUCAUGUACUGUAUCCGUGUCGUGUAUGUGUGGUUGCAUGCUGGAUGACGGUGCCUAUGUAAGUUUGUAGCUAAAGUCAACAUGAAGCCUGUUUAUUUCUGUAACCAGAGUGAAAUUUAUAUCUUGAUUUUAUUUAGAUUGCAAACAGAGUUUUAAUAAUGUGCACCAAUGAAUCGUGCAAAAUAAGACCAGAAAUAUGCAUUAAGGAAGUAAACGGCUCAUGUUGACUUUAAAGCUUCGAUAAAUGCAAGCAUCUAUGAUGACAGUACGACAGGUUGCUGGCUGCAGGGUUUGUGUGUAUUUGUUGUGUGUGUGUGUGUGCUCUCCGUGAGCAAUAAGAGGGUUGAAGAGGCUCUCAGAUGUGCCCGUAUGUUAAAGUGGAUGAGUUUUGAGUGCUCGGGGUCUCCAGGGAUGCAAAUCUAAACCUUUUAAAGUGAACAGACGCACAGGAUGAAGAGGCUCUCACAGGCACGCAGCCAUUAGCAUCCACCUCACCUCUGCUUUGCAUUUACACAAAACAGUUCACUCACGCUUGGGCGAAAAAAGGAAAACACCAGCCACGCGAGCACUAAUUUAGCAGAUACUCCAAAACCGGCUUGUGAAUCUGAGAAAGAAAAAAAAAAACUGAAAAAUAUUAAAAGGCCAAAACGCUUGCUUUCCGCCUCAUUGUACUGUUAAUGACAUGCCUGACACAUGCACGUCCAUGCAGAAGUGGUGCCUGAUGACCUGACCUGCCCUCUAGGCUCAUGAUCCGCCUGCAGGCAAUGUGCUUGAAAGAGCGCGCGUGUGUGUGUGUGUGUGUGUGUUUGAUCACCUCGUCAGGAGGUUUAAUAUAACUCACAGGUUCUUGCCUUGUGAACUUAAAGGGCUAAAUACAUAAGCUUCCUCAUCUCAUCAUGAGACGCCAUUAGUUUUUUGAUUCAUUAAAACAGAUUAACAGAAUCCCCGCUCAGAGCGGAGGAUCAUGGGAAAUGUCAGUCAAUCGAUGACAGAGCAGCAGCUCAUAACUCUGACAGUGAUGCAUGCUGGGGGAAUAGAGCUCGUGUGCGAUAGACGAGCAUCUGCAUCAGAAACUGUAGCAACAAUGUUAAUAAAUGUACCGCGGUAAUGAAGUUUCACUCAAAAUAACACAGUUACUGUUGUAAAAUCAUAGUAAAGUAACAUGAAUCUCAUUCAA